CCUGGAUCAGGGCAAUAAUCACAGAGUGAAGGAAGGAAGGAAGGAGAGAGGGAGUGUGGAAAACAACCAGAGGGAGAUAGAGAAGGAUAGAGUGAGGGAGAGAAAGAAACUGAAACUGAAAGAUAAAGAAACAGGUAGAAAGAAAGAGAAAUAGAGAAAAAGGAGAGAAAGAGGGAGAGAGAGAGAGAGUGAUAGUGAAACAGAGAGAGGGAAGGAGUAAGAGAGAGAAAGAAAAAGAGAGAGGAGGGGAAAAUAAAUGAGAGAUUGGAGAGAGUCGGUGGGAGUGAUUGACGCCGUACGGUUUAAAGAGAGGGAGAGGAGAGACAAGGUCUACCUGAGUACCUGCUUUCGCCAACCGAGGGAAAUCUGAACCGGAUUCUCACCUUUUACGAAGAAAGUUGAAAAGCAUCUUCACCUUUUACUCCAUUUCGGCUGACGAAAGGUUUCGUAGGAACGCUCGACUUUCGGAUCAUCGGGGAAACCUGUAACUGCGUGAACCUUUCCUCCCCACGGCUUUCCUCUCAAUCUCUCUCAGUCCCCACUGACCCUCCCUCCCUCCCUCAGUCCCCACUGACCCCCCCCUCAGUCCCCACUGACCCCCCCCCUCUCUCUCAGUCCCCACUGACACACUCCCUCUCUCAGUCCCCACUGACCCUCCCUCCCUCAGUCCCACCCUCCCUCAGUCCCAACUGACACUCUCACUCUCUCUCAGUCCCCACUGACCCCCUCUCUGUUCUCUCACCCUCCCCCCUCCCCCUGGCAGGGUGUAUCCCGGACGAUGCCCGCCCUGGGUGAGGAUGAGCAGCUGGUGUUGAGGGAGCGGGCAGUGUUGGCACUGACCACAGGCCAGCCCCAGCUGCUGACCGCUGUGCUGUGGGAGCUGGUGCAGACACCGUACGCUCUGGAGAGCAGGUACCGGGAGCUGGACGUGACCGGGUUGCUGCGGGAGAACCUGGCGGUGAGACCGAACGAUGGGCUGAUCACUAUCAGCAGAGCCUUAAACAUCUUAGAAAAGUACGGACGCAACCUGCUGUCUGAGAGCAAGCCCAAAUUCUGGAGGGCUGUGAAAUUUAACAAUCCAGUCUUCAAAACCACCGUGGAUGGAAUCAAGGGUGGUCGGUCGAUUCUCCGUCUGUAUGGGUACACAGUGGAGCACAGCGAUGGAAUGAGCUUCCCUGAUGAUGUCCAUGAGCCUGACCACCAGAAAGUUUCAGCUGUAACACUGGAAGUGGCAAUGCUGCAGAUGGAAAUUGAUCUAUGGCAAAAGGGUUCCCAUCCUCACCCCGAGCUCUUCAGUCCAUUCCUGCCGGGAUCUGCUUUUCCGGCCCAAGGCGGGCUCCGCUUGGAGACGGUGGAGCGCCCCCUAGCCCUGGGGGUGUACCGGGAGCCUGUGCCCAGUGGAGGGGCACCAGCAGCAGCAGGAGCAGUCCCACUGGGAGAUUCCUGCGCUAUCUGCAGUAAGGACGAGGUGGCCAUCCACUGUCAGGACUGCGGCCGGUUGCUGUGCCGGGAUUGCGACGCCCUCUACCAUCGGCACCCGUCCCGGGGCGGGCACCAGCGGGUGCCACUGUUGGGCGCGGGUGGCAACGCUGCACCACUGCCUGCCAGCGAGGAGCUGAGCAGAGCAUCGCCUGGAGCAGUGGGCCCUCCCUUGGGGAGCCUCUGGGCGGCUGUUCCUGGCUGCACACCGCCCCCGGUGGCCGGGGAUCGGGAGGAGGUUUCCGGAAGGCCCGGUUUGGCCUGGCGCAGCCUGAGCACCGAGCAGCCCAGCGGGGUGACAGCGCCCAGGCCGGACAGGCGCCUCUCGGAGCUGGGCACCUCGGCCUGCCCUCGGGGGCCCUGGGCAUGUGCCAGCUGCGGCCUGGUGAACGAGGCUCGGGCUGUCCUGUGUGGGGCCUGCGAGAGGCCUCGGGCAAGCCCUGCCCCAGCCGCCUCCUUCUCCUCGCCCACUCCCGCUGCCUCCAGGGAAGGCUGGGCCUGUCGGGCGUGCACCUUCCAGAACGAGGCCUGCGCUGUCCUAUGCAGUGCCUGUGACAGGCCUCGCCUGGCUGGGAGGCCCAGUUUCGUCGUCGCCACGACAACCAACUCUGGCCUGCAACAGGGACAUCCGCCGCCACCUUCUCAGCAGCAGGGCUGGCAGUGCCAGUUCUGCACCUACCUGAACGUGACCCCGGGCCGGAUCUGCGAGAUGUGUGACCGGACCAAUGCCACCCUGGCUGGGCACGGCCAGGGCCAGGCCGGGGUGAGCCCCCGCGCCGAGCAGCACGGGCCGGAGGAGCCUGUGGGAGUGGGGGAGUCGCUGGCGGCCGGAGGUGCUGGUGUGCUGGCAGACCAUGCCAGGCAGGAGGAGAUGCGGGCAGCGGGACUGCGCCUGGUGCAGAUGAUCCGCAUGGGCGAGGAGCAGCUGGUGAGCCCCGAGGAAGUGUGCUGUGCCCUCCGCAGCUCGGGCACGGAGGAGCCCCUGGCCUGGCUGCAGACGGAGCUGCCCCAGAUGCUAGACAGUAUUGCCGACCUGGCCUCCCAGAAAGGCCACACCAUGGCCCAGGACCAGGUGGGCCCUGUCUCCAGGGACGAGGCGCGCCAGGCCUGGCUACACGCUGCGGGGGACUUCGAGGAGGCUGUGGGAGAGUGCGUCAGGAGCCGGGCCCGCAAGUUCCGGGAGAUCUGCGCCAUGGGCUUCUCCGACCAGCAGGAGGUGCUGCAAGCUCUCUACAUGAACAGGGGCGACGUGGACAAGGCUGUCAUCGACCUGCAACGACAACUCCUUGAACCGUUCCACACUCACAUCUGGCAGGAGGACGAGGUGCCCAUUCAGCUGGACCAUCCCAACAGAGAGAGGACGCUGCGUCAGAUGCUGGCCACCUACAACCUGCCGAGCUGGGGCCGAGCAGAGAUUGUGCUGAGCCUGAUGCAGGAGGGCCGUGAUCACUACCAGCUCCACGAUGUGGUGGAGGCUGUCAAGGAGUCCCAGGACAAGGAGUUCAUCAAGAAGAGCAUGCUGUCACUGACCUGCCUGGUCUGCCUCUCGCUGUUCCCCCGCAGCAAGAUGCAGUCGGUCACGUCCUGUGAGUGUACCGUGUGCCGGGACUGCUUCAAGAGCUAUUUCACCUUCACCGUGCGGGAAAAGCACAUCAAAAACCUCGUGUGUCCCGGCUGCUCCAAACCUGACAUCAACGAUGAGGCGCAGCUCCUCAGCUACUUCUCCACCCUCGACGUCCAGUUGCGAGACUGCCUUGAUGCUGAUGUGUACAACCUCUUCCACAAGAAGCUGACAGAGCGGACGCUGAUGAAGGACCCCAACUUUAAAUGGUGCACUCACUGCUCGAACGGGUUCAUUUACGACGGGAACCAGAGCAAAGUGACCUGUCCGCAGUGUAAAGGCAGCUUCUGCUCCGAGUGUCGGAGGCCGUGGGAGCCACAACACCAGGGGAUCAGCUGUGAGGAUUUCCAGAACUGGAAACGGGAGAAUGAUCCAGAGUACCAGGCCCAGGGACUGGCGGCCUACCUGAAGGAGAAUGGGAUUGACUGUCCGAACUGUAAAUUCCGAUACGCGCUCGCCAAAGGGGGCUGCAUGCACUUCAAGUGUUCCCAGUGCCAGCACGAAUUCUGCAGUGGGUGCUACAACACCUUCCUCAACAAGAAAAAAUGCACGGACCCAGUUUGCCGACUGAAGGAGACGCUGCACGCUCACCAUCCUCGGGAUUGUCUGUCCUACCUGAGGGACUGGCCAGUGAACAAGCUGCAGACUCUGCUGCAGAGAAACAAGGUGGCGUUUGACACAGACCCUCCCAUUGGGGCUGAGCCGACACCAGGAGGUCGAUGUCGGGUCAUGGAGCAGAGGGAGGUGGGGGACAGUCUCACUGAUGCACCGUGUGGGGCAGAAGCUCAGGACGGACAUGCAGGACUGUGCGAGUCCCACUAUAAGGAAUACCUUGUGAGCCGCAUCAACAGCCACUCCCUGGACCCGGCCGAGCUCUUCAGCGAGGAGGAGUUGCAGCGGCACCUGGCUCGGUGUGGCAGAGGGCAGCCACCCAGGGCAUCAGGGGAAGACGAAGCUGCCUACAGGAACCGGCUGUACCAGGCUAUCACCAGCAUUCCGCUGGGAGACAAAAUCCCGAGGGUGAGGAAAUGAGCUGUGAUCCUGGAUCCUACCUGAACCGCUGCCAACAAGAAGGAUUUCUGCUUAGUAAAGCAGCUGCACAAUCGACUUCCAUUCAGUCAGUUAUUGAAACAGAUUUGAGUUUACUUCCCCACCUCUCCCCAACUAAGACUUGUCUCCCUUCUUCCUCGCUGCCUCCAACUAAAUUAUGGACUUGCCCCUGUACUGAAUUCUGUGUUCAGGCACUGUCUCCCCGUUCCCAAACGGUGAUGUCUCUGUCCGAGCUUCAAUCGUGCCUGUUGUCUGUUUUUCAGCCUGUUAGAUCCUCCCCAGUCCUCAUCCUCCUCUGUUCCAUGUCGGGUGAGAACCAUGAUCUGAACUGAUGUUGCUUCACAUCCCUCUAGUUGUCACUGACCGUACUACCCUCGACUUCCACUGCAGACUGCAGGAUGUGACGUGCUGAUUUCCCCUAACUCCCUGUUUUCCACCUUCCAUAAAGCCCUGCUGGUUGUGGCAACCACCCGUUGACGUAUCAUUAUCCAGAAGACAUUUUGGGUCACCACGACGCACGAGUUCAAGUUCUGAGCCCGUAACUGGGUAAACCGUGUUCAAUACGGUGUAAGAUUAAAGAGAUGUGCCAUUGUUAUCCGGAAAGGGUACACUCCCAUCAAUUUAUCUCUGGUUUCCCAGUGAUUGUCGAAGUAGAUGUGUCCCAGUGGUAUUGCCAACAUUCUCCUUAGUGAGGUGCCUGCAAUCUGACCUGGGUUUAUCCAUAUUGACAGUCCUGUGCGCGCGCGCACACACACCCCCUCCAAUACAGCGGUCAGGCCGUGGCCCCCUUGUGCCAGGCUUCAGUCUGUUUCGAAUGGGGUGCACUCUCACCCUCUAUCAAAGUUCACCGCCACAUCCUCCUACGUUUGCAUCUUCUGUUGUUUUUAUACCCAGAAUUACAAUAGCCUUUAUUGUCAUGUGUAUGCGAAUGAGUACAGUGAGAAGUUUGUCAGGAUGCCUCUCGCCGCUAUCUUUUGUACGGGAUACCUUAGUACAGAUACUGUGUAAGUGUUGUCACCGAAUUGAAAUCGCGAGGAAAAAAAAUUGAUGGGCAUGGGAAUACAGAGUUGGAAAGUCCAGACUGAGAAUAAAAAUUGUCUACAAAGUACAGAA